AUGGAAUCCGCAGCGGUGCCCUUGGCUGCAGCAGCGGCAGCAGCAGCAGCAGCAGCAGAUGCAGCAGUAGUAACAGCUGCAGCAGCAACGACAGAUGCACCAACAGCUGCAGUAACAGCAACAGAUGCAGCAACUGCAUCAGCAGCAACAGCUAGCCCUGCUGCUGCGUCGCAGGAAGCUGCUCCAUACGCAGCAGCAGCAGCAGCGACAGCAGCAGGACCAGAAACUGCAGCAGCAGACGCAGCAGCAGAAGCUGCAGCAGCAGAAGCAGCAGCAGCAGCAGCAGGUGUUGCUCCAUUUGUGCUGGUAAAGGAUUUGCUGCCGCAGAGUGGCUGCUGCUGCUGCUUAGUGCGCGUGCUGCAGUAUCUGUCCCACAGUCUUCUCAAGUUGCCCUCAGGGUCGCUCGUGCAAACCACUGAGGCAGUUGUGGCUGACGAGACAGGAGCGGUUUUGCUGCUGCUGGAGACAGACGCGCAGCGCCAACUUUGCCAAGGCCCCGGCUGA